AUGUGGGUUGUUGCUUUUGGGGCACCUCCCAUCGGUUUCCUCACUCCAAAGCGGAUUGCGGUCUAUGGCUGGCCUUUCAUCCCAGACGCCCAGUCCGACUGUGGGAAUAACAACUGCGAUGUCGAGAUAUUGCUGAUGGAUUACGUCUUUGGAGCCAGUUAUGGAGCACCAUUUGUUGGCAACUAUGAGCCCCCAAACUGCGACUUUGAUACUGUACGAAUCAAUCUCACAGUCACCUCUCGGGGGAGGCAGUUUGACCGCCUGGCACUCAUGUACCUGGGGGACAAUGAAGUGUUCCGGACUUCAACGGCAGAGCCGACAGCCAAUGGGAUUGUCUGGACCUAUGUCAAAGAAAUGUCGCAAUAUAACUCGCUAUGGAAGAGUCCCCAGAAGUUGAUAUUUGAUUUGGGAAAUAUCCUUAACGACGUUUACACCGGCUCAUUCAAUACCACGCUAACAGCGCACUUCUCUAAGGAGCACAAUGUCAAGACUGCGGACAUAAUUCUUCCAAUCUCUGCUAAAAAGUCAGCGUCAAACUCUUCAAGUGCCUUCUCACUGCCCACAGACAAUACAACAGUCAUGUAUGAGAUCCCUGCUGCGGCAUCGCGUGCUGUUGUUUCAAUAUCAGCAUGUGGACAAUCAGAAGAAGAGUUCUGGUGGUCUAACGUCUUCUCUGAGGAUACCCAAGACUUUGAAAGCACUGUCGGUGACCUAUACGGGUACACUCCUUUUCGUGAAGUUCAGCUCUAUAUCGAUGGAAUACUUGCCGGGCUUGUCUGGCCAUUCCCCAUCAUCUUUACGGGAGGCGUGGCUCCUGGAUUCUGGCGCCCGGUUGUUGGAAUUGAUGCAUUUGAUCUUCGACAGCCGGAGAUUGAUAUUUCCCCAUUUCUCCCCAUGAUCCAAGACGGGAAGCAACAUUCGUUUGAGAUCCGAGUGACUGGUCUUAAUGUUUCCGCAGAUGGGAGCGUCACAUUUGCAAAUACUGUGGGCUCGUAUUGGAUCGUCACAGGAAAUAUCUUCAUAUACAUCGAUGGCAGCAGCUCGGCCUCGAAAGCCGCUGUUACUGGAGCCAAUAUCCGGCCCACCGUGGAUGCUCCCUUGCCAGUGUUUGCUGCGACUCGGAAUCUCAUCCAUACUAAAGCCGGGGGAAACGAUUCCUUGUCAUACUCUGUGGUUGUUGACCGAGUUUUCAGUGCAACAUCUUCUCUGUACUCCUGGUCUCAGAAACUAUCAUUCUCCAACCAUGGUUUCCUCAACCAGCAAGGAUACAGUCAAGUUAACACGCAAGUUACAACCGGCACUAACACUAUCACCGAGCACGGGGAUUCACCCAUCUCAAACAGCAUUGCAUUCCAUUACCCCUUAGUUGUCAAUGCAACUUACGGCAUCACCUCAAAUGAGACGACGAUUGACUCUUGGAUGAAGAGAGGUCUUGAUAUUGAGUCAACAGGAGGGCUCGGUAUUUCCACUUACACCUUAAUGUCGGGGUCAUCAUACCUACACACAAGUCAGUCUGGCACGGCACACUAUAAAUCCGUCACUGGUGGGAGUUCAAGCUCUUGGGGCGACACCAUCAAUGUGUUCGACAGUCUGACUAAUGGAAAAUCAUACCACCGAUCUGUUCAUGCAGCCAAUGGUACCGUUGUAUAUGACACCGACCCUCAAGGCAAGAACUCGGCUUCUUCCCUGCAAGAUUACGGGGAUACGGGGAGAGACAGUGUGAGGGCUAUGAUUGGAAAAGGACCUGGAGCUCUUGUAAACUAG